UUAUAACUCAUGCUAAUAUUUCAGCUCAGUUUGCUUAUGUGUGUACCGGUAGGAUCAUGGGAUCGGGUGGCAGAUCAUAGGCCACCCAGACCCCAGUCCAGUAUCGAGAUCGCGCUCGACAGUGUCAGUCAGGGUGUUGAGAAAAAUUCGCUUAAGUGUCCCUUUAGUCCCUUCAUAGUUAUCAAACCUUAACGGUGCUCUUACAUACAUCUCAACUUCAGGUCGUCCCUCUUACGUAACGCCAUCUUGUUGACCCUUUUGUGUUUCUGUCUCCAAACGUCGGAGGACACUUUAUCAUACCUUUGUGUUUAAAAAAGAUCGUUAAAGUGACAGCAAACAGUGUGAAAUCCGCAGCGGCAGUUCGAUAAGCCUAGAAUGAUGCAAACCCCGGGAUACAGUUACUGUGCCAGCGCCAUCCGUUCAUACCGGUGCAAGAUGAAUCUAAUUAUAUGUCAAUUAAUUAAUUACACCACACUUACAGGCAGCAAACAAACCCGGUGAACGUGUGAAAACCACCCCAGCUGGUCAGUGCUCGUACCGGAGUAAGUGUUUAAAUGGAUGCACUACUAUCGCGCCUGGUGGGUGGAUAAUUUGCAAGUGUCGUGCUGUAUCGUAGUAACGCCACGUGACUUACGGUUUCGGUUUCGGGAGUUGUGGAGUUGUGAAUUCCGUCGAGUGCAUUUUCGGGAGUGUAUCGCUAGGUGAAGAAAAGGCAAUUUUCGUGACGUUUAAUACCAAUUUAAUAACGUGGUGUUGGGUGAAUUUGUACGCCUGUUUGUGUGUGUGUGUGUGUUUUUGGGUGGUUCGCAUAUAUGCCGUUUGGGAUGGAAACGAACCAACGUGAACAUUAUGUGACCAUGUGAAAUAAUUGCUCACGGACCAGUGCCACGGGAUCAACAGUAAUCACCAAGCGGAUCCGUCCGUUGACGCAACCAUCCGCAUCAUCAUCGCGGUCCUAGCAAAGGGUCGGCCAACAUAGCCGCUCUUUUAUUAUAUUUAACACCUGCCAGCUGCCAAAUGAGCACGUGAUGCUGAUUAUACUGCUUUGCAUUUUUGGUUCGACCAGUGCCUGGUACGAAACCGGCCCAUGGAGUACCUCCACCCGGCGCUAUUACGCCACCCAGGACCAUCCAUCCCAGCGACAAUGGACCGAACCGUACUUUGACCUCAGCGUUUCCCGCAACGUAACGGUGCGGGAAGGUGAAACGGCAUUCCUUACGUGUCGGGUGGAAAAUCUGGCCAAGUACAGCAUCUCCUGGGUGCGGCACCAUGAUCUCCACAUACUGGCCAUCAACGCGGACACGUUCACGUCGGACGAACGGUUUCAGGCACUGUACAACGACCAAACCGAGGAGUGGACGCUAAAGAUAAGGAGAACGCGCCGGAAGGACACCGGUAUCUAUGAGUGCCAGAUAUCGACCAUGCCGGUGAAGAGUUUGCAGCUGUAUCUGAUUGUUCUCGAUGAAUCGCAGCUAGUCAGACGACAGGACGACAUACUUUACGACAUUCCACCAUCCUCCGGAGAGCAUUUGGAGGGUCAAAAGGUGGGAGACGCCUACAACCGGAUGUACGCGGAUCGAGUCAAUGAUUAUCUCUUUCUAGCGACCACUACACAAAUCCUCGAGGGUACGAUCGUGUACGGGUACAAAGGACAGAAUGUCAAUCUUACCUGCAUCGUCAAUCACAACUACGACCGGCGACCGAGCCAUAUCGUGUGGUACCAUCAAAAGGACAUCGUUGCCUACGAGUCGCUACGGAAGCGUGGACGAUCCUCCCUGAACAGCAUCACCUCGCAUCAUCUGAUACGGAACGCCGAGUUUGAUGACGCUGGAAACUACACCUGCGCCCCGGAGCUGUAUGCAAGUGCCAGUACGAUUGUACACAUCCUAGACGGUGAAGAAGCGCAAGAGUCCAACAGCUCCAACCGCAGACGGAUGAAUGUAGUGAUGAUGUUGCUUUGCGGAACGCUUGUAGUGCUGAGCACACUAUACAAUCAUCGCGAUAGGAUGAGUUAAUACACUGCAAAUAAUGGUGUGACAAUAUCAUUGUACAUAAUGUAAAUAAAAGACGAAAUAUCUUCUCGAA